UUUACGCUCUCGCUAUUUACUAUUUACCUUGCAACCCAACCAAGUCAAACCAGUCAAACUUUGAAUUGACAAUUUUUUUAAAUUUCAACAAUUUUUAGCCAUCUCUCGUUUAUCAAGGACUUUGAAUCUUUAGUGCACCCGAUCACGGAGUUCUGGGAACUCUGACCAAGAAAGGUGAAAGAUCUGACAAUUUUGACUGAGUAUACUGAAGCUUAAUCCCGUCAACCAAUGGAGUUCCGUCUUGGACUGCUGCAAAACGAAAUUGAGCACCUCAACAAAAAUAUGGGGCUAAUGUCAGAAGAAUUGAUUGUCCUCAAAGAAUUCAUUCGUCAAGAAUUCGCUACUAGUUUUGAAGCGUUCAACAACGCAAGGAAAGAUAAGCACAGACAUCACCAUCAUAAAAUUGCUGCAGAACCAUCAUCCUCGCAUCAUAAACAACCUGCAUUUCCCGAAAUAAUAAAAAAUGAACCAGCGCUGGACGCAUAUUAUGACGAAAAUGACGCUGAAUUGGAUAAUAUUGAUGAAGAUGGUGGUGGUGGAGGUGAUAGCGAUUUUGAAUUUUAUCCAAUAAACGAAUCCUUCUGUCCCGACGUUGAUCCUUUGCAAACCAGUCCCAACAACAGUCCGAUCAGGAAAGGAAAACCAAAGGCCCAAAUCCACAAAUACUUUGAGCAUAUUUCGAUGCCCGAUGGAAAAGUGCGUACAAAAUGUUUCACAUGUCAGGAAUAUGUUUCCAAUCAAGCACAAAGGUUAAAGAAACAUUUUGAGAGAUGCAGUGGAAAACUAAACAUGGACAGCAAAGUUAUCAAGAGAAUUACAACAAUUGGCUAUAAAAGGCCAUCUGGGUCAUCUGAGAAUCCAACAAAAGUGGGAAGAAAAUUGGACAGAGUUCGAGAGUUAUUCGAAGAACUUCACGACAAAAGUGGAUUUAUUAAAAUGAAAUGCCUAAGUUGUGGUCAUCUUUCAAGUAAUCAAGCUAGCCGGAUGAAAAAACACGUUGAAAAAUGUGAAGGCCUUGCCAACAUUGAUCAGCACCGGAUAUUUACACCAUCCGAAAACCAUAAAGCAUAUAUUAAACCUUCCACAGUUCCGUCAAGCUCAUCAAACAUGCAAUUGUCUCAAACCAUAGAACCCUCACCCCCUCUUGCAUCCCAUGAAAAUGCUACUGUUGCUGUUAAUUCAAAUCAUCUCAAUUCUUCUUCGACUAGUGAAUCAUAUUAUAAAGGAGAAGAGAUCUCACAAGUUAUCACUCCGUCGCCAUCUCACCCCCAGUCAGUAUCAGAUGGACAACAAUCUGGAACUCUAGAUGAAACGGGGCAUCAUCAUCAAGAUGCCAAUUCUCAUUGUGAGAUUACGUCUCCUCCUCCUCACCAUCCUCGAUGAAAAUCAUCACGCGUCUCGAUCUUAUCUUGAUUAAUUAUUUAUUAGUAAUAGUUGUAAAUGACAAAGUUGACAAAGGUUGUUUCGUACUUUCGUAAUCUCUUUUCGUGAGACAAAUACUUAUGUAUGCAGUGUGUGUUUUUAAGUAUUAUUAUGUUUGAUUUUGUGUGUAUAGCCUUAUGAGCUGAUGCUGUAUGAUGCUUAAUGGGUGUGAUUUUACUUUUGUAAUGGUCUGCUUAUCAUCAUCAUUAAUUUCAUUCCUGAUGAUGUAUGCAUGCGUGCAUGAUUUUGAUUUUGAAUAGCUACAAAUACAUUGAAAGCUUGAAUAAAAUUAUUGUUGAAAUACUCACA